UCGUACGUUAUGAGUAGUCACGUGACAAAACAAAUGUAUUUUUUUGUUCACCAGUCGUCGUGUUGGAUUUAAAAAUGGCGGAAGAAAAAGUUCCUCCAAAGGAUAUUUUAUCCGUUUUUAAACGGUUAAAAACUGCUGGAGAGAAUAAAAUGUGUUUCGACUGCCGUGCUUCAAACCCAACAUGGGCGUCAAUAACAUAUGGAGUGUUUCUCUGUAUAGAUUGUUCAGCAGUUCAUAGGUCACUUGGUGUACAUCUCACUUUUAUUAGGUCUACUCAACUCGAUACCAACUGGACUUGGCUUCAACUUCGACAUAUGCAAUGUGGUGGAAAUGCAAAAGCUAAUGCCUUUUUUAGACAACAUAAUUUAACAACACAUGAUGCUGCGGCUAAAUACAAAAGUCGUGUCGCAAGUAUGUACAGGGAAAGGCUUUCAACACUUGCACAUAAAGCAAUAAAAGAGCAAGGGCAUAAUUUAUAUAUUGACCAACAUAAUUCUCCAAUUACUCCGGAACAAAAAGAGGUUGAUUUCUUUCAAGACAUCGAGCAAACUUAUACACGGACGGACUCACCUAGUUUAAGUAAAGGUCAAGCAAUAGAAAAUGGGACAAAGAAUCACGAUGUUGAUGUGGGCCAUCUGAGCACAUCACCUCCGAAAAAAGAUGUUCGUGUACCGACGAUAGGAAAUCGAAAACCAACCACAAAUAAAAAAAAAGGACUUGGUGCAAAGAAAGGAGGUUUGGGCGCUACUAGGAGCAAAGCUAAUUUCACCGCCAUCGAAACUGAAGUUCAACAAAAUGACAAACUUCGUGAAGAGUCAGAACGUGUUAUGGAGCCGUCUUCUCCAGCUGCACCCCUCAGCCCAACUGAAGCCCCUCUAUCUUCAACCCUAAUGUAUAAAUCAGCUUCUAUGAAACGUGAAGAAGAGAAGCUAAAAGUAUCCGACCCAAAGAAGGCAAAACAGUUAGAGAGGUUGGGAAUGGGAUUCGGCAAUAGAGGAAAUAUUAGCCACUCUGUAUCAGACAGUAUGCAAUCAGUGGAACAGGUUAAACCAGACCGAUCACGUGAUAGUUACAGAGAUGAUUAUGGUGGGAGGUCCAGUGGUCCGGACUUUUUCGAUAGUUUUGAUGGUUUAGGUGCGCCUGUCUCGUCCUACGAUACAAGUAGCUUCACAGAAGAACCGAUGAGCUACGAGAGUCGUUACACUGCUAAAAGUUCGUGGGGACUCGAAAGUUCAAAUAAAACAUAUAAAUCGGAACGCGAAGAAAGUACGAACAGUCGUUCACGGCCGAGCAAGUCGUCUUUUUCAGAGUCCACAUCAGACGAAGUUCAAAAGAAGUUUGGCAGUGCAAAAGGAAUUUCAUCGGAUCAACUUUUUGGUUCUGGGCAGAAUGAAGCACAAGGAAGGUUGGAUCAGUACCAGUCCUCCAACGCCAUUUCUAGUGCUGAUUUAUUUGGUGAAAAACAAAGUAGAUCAAGUCGCUCAAGUAACGUUGAUAUUCAAAACAUAAAAGACAGCGUACAAAACGUCACUGGAAAGUUGUCCAACAUGGCGUCGGGAGUUCUUGGUAGUUUGCAGAGCCGAUAUAGCGGAAAUAAUUAGAUUCGAACUUUUAAAAAGAAAAUUAAGAACAUGAUCUGGUCAUGUUGUUAUAGGAUAAUAUACGGGUGUUGCUUAAGUUAUUUUCGUGGAAUUCAUUAUUUUUUUAACAAUUUUAAAUAACAAUAUAGAAAGCAAAUGGAAAUGUAGCAGAUACAAGUUCAACAUGAAACGUUGAUACAUUGGUGGUGUUAAAUGUGAUGUUGGAAAUUUCAUUUUUUUCACUCAUAUAGCUAUUUACGAAUUUCGUUUCCAACAGUUUCGAUCAUAACAUACUAUUUAUAAAAAACGCAAAUGCUUGAUUAGGCGCCCAGGCGGUAAUAUAAAAGCAUCAUGUGAAAAGAGAGUGGUUAAAAAACAGGCACUUUCAUUAUUAUUAUUAUAAGAAUUAUAGACAGUUGUUUUGUUUAGAUAUGAAUUAACGAUUUCUAACUCUUCUUUUCAUGUGAGGUACAAAUUGAUAAGGUGCCCUCUUCAAAAUCGGGGAUAAUUUACAAAAAUCCACACCCUUUGAUGUCAACAUGUAUUAGUUUAGACCCCGGGUGUUUAAUUGAGUUUUAUAUUUUUUAUUAAAAGAAAGAACAUUUAUUCGAGAAAAGGGGCGCAUGUUCGAGCAUUUACGGUACAUCAAUCAUUGGCCACAUACACAAACAAAUGAUUAGGAACUUAUAUUCGAAUUGUUGUACGUAACGAUAUAAGCUUAUUUUGAAUAAAUUUUAUUAUCAAAACAA